AUGUCUGUGAUCUUUUGGAAUUGCAGAGGGGCGACGAAGCCUAAUCUUGGGAGAACUCUUAAAAGUAUAGUGGUGAAACAUAAGGUGUGUAUGGUGGGUCUUAUGGAGACUAGGACCGACAGGAGUAAGUGUAAAAAACUUCUGAAGAAAAUCAAUUUUGAUAAAAUGAUUAUAGAAGAAGCGAAUGGUUUCUCUGGUGGUAUUUGGGUUUUUUGGGAUUCUGUGCGAGCUGAGGUUCAGGCUAUUCAACAAACAAAUCAGUACAUUCACAUGAAGGUGACUUUGGUUGAUAGUUUGAGUUUUCUUUGUACGGCUGUCUAUGGUAGUCCUCAUGAAGGUAAUCGACACCUAAUGUGGGAGGACCUUAUUCAGCUUAGUUCGUUAAUUCAUGAGCCAUGGAUAAUGGCUGGGGAUUUCAAUGACAUUAAGGCUAGUAGUGAAAAAAAUGGCGGUUCAAGUCCUGACAUUGCAAAGUGCCAGAGAUUUCUUUCUUUCCUUGACCGUUGUCAAGUGGAGGAUGUGGAUUGUGUUGGUUCUAAGUAUACGUGGCAAGGCCCAAAAUGGAAUCAUUUGGAGCGGGUAUUCAAGAAGCUGGAUAGAGUUUGUGCAAAUGUGAGUUGGAGAAUUACUUUUGAAGAGGCUGAAGUGAGAACUUUGCCUAGGAUUUUAUCUGAUCAUAACCCUUUGUUGAUAACUAUGAAGAAACAACAACAAGAUUGGAGUAAUAGGCCAUUUCAUUUUCUGGCAACUUGGAUGAACCAUCCUGGUUUUGAGGGGCUUAUCGAGGAAAGGUGGAAUUCCCGUGUUGCAAUAUGUGACAUGUUAGCUAAUCUCAUCCCUCAUUUACAAAAGUGGAAUAAAGAUGUGUUUGGGGAUAUCAUUAAAAAAAGAAUAUGUUAUCACAGCAAAUUGCGAGAGGUGGUUGAUCGUCGUUGGCUUUCAUCCGAGAGUAUGUGGCCGAGGCUCACGCAAGCGGAUCUGCAGGCGCUGAUUAUUCCUCCAAAUGAUUAUGAGAUUUGGCAAAACAUGUUUGAUAUGGGUGCAUUCAAAGCUCUUGGUAAUGAUGGUUAUCCUGCUAUCUUUUUUCAAAGGCAAUGGGGUAAAGUUAAAACUCAGGUUAGUUUUGUGCCAAAUAGGCAGAUUCAGGAUAACAUUACAAUUGCGCAAGAGCUUAUUCAUGCUAUGAACAAAAUGAAAGGCAGAAAAGCGUACAUGGCAAUCAAAAUUGAUUUGGUUAAAGCCUAUGACAGAGUUAGUUGGUCUUUUAUGUGUCGGACUCUGGAGGAGAUUUGGUUCCCAGAGGGGCUGAUUAAUAUCAUCAUGCAGUGUCUGUCAUCUUCUAGGAUCAAUGUUUUAUGGAACGGUGGCAAGACUGCGGAGUUUGAAACUUCUAGAGGCUUGCGUCAAGAUGACUUGUUGAUGUUUAUGGAGGCAAAGGAAGAUCAAAUUCUCACCUUGUUAAAGUGUUUGAGUCUGUUUGAGGAGAUGUCUGGCCAAAAAUUGAGUGUUGAUAAAACUUGUAUUUUUUUCUCAAAGAAUACUCCUGCUGAAACAGUGGAUAAAAUUGUUCAAAUCAGUGGUUUUAAGCGGGUUAGGAAUAUGGGGAGAUAUCUUGGAGCUAUAAUGCAGCAUGGCCGAGUUUCGAAGAAUUUAUAUGCUAGUUUAGUGGAUAAAGUGCAAGAAAGAAUGAGUAACUGGCAGAAACAGUGUCUAUUUCAGGCAGGGCGUAUAUCUUUAUCUCAAUAUGUGUUGUCUGCAAUUCCUUAUUUUCAUAUGCAAAGUUGCAAGCUCCCUAAAGCAAAGGGUGAGACUGGUUUGGGAAUCAAACGUCUUGAUCUUAUGAAUGAUGCGUUUUUGGCUAAAAAAAUAUGGAGAAUGUACUCGCAGCCUCAUCUCUUAUGGGUGCAGGUGCUUCUUGCUAAAUAUAAGAGGGGUAGCCGAAAUCAGGCCAUGUUUGAAGCUAGGAAUGGCGAUUCUAGUCUGUGGAAAAAUAUGUGUAGGUUGUGGCACAUUAUGGAAGGAAACUUGUUGUGGGAGUUGGGUAAUGGAAAAGAGAUUCGGUUUUGGUGUGAUAAGUGGCUGCCGAUGGAUCGCACGCUAAGGGAGCUAGUUAUUGAUGAGGGUAGCGUGAGAAAUGAUAAUCUGAGAGUGGCUGAGGCAGUUACGCAAGCGGGGGAUUGGGAUAUGGAGUGGAUCCGGUCAAUGCUUCCAAGUAAUGUCUCUAAUAUGAUUUAUAGUUUUCUGGCUCCUCAUGAUGAAGACAGACCUGAUAGGCUUAUUUGGAGUUUCAAUAAUAGUCAUCUAAUCACGGUCAAAGAGAUUUAUAAUCGUCUGUAUGGUCAUGCAAUCGUGGAUGCUGAAGCUAGGGAGAUGUGGAAGUGCCUCUGGUCUUGGAACGGUCCUCAAAAGGUGAAAAUCUUUGGAUGGAAACUGUUGCACCAUCGGCUGUUAACAAAAAGUAGGAUUGCUAGUUGGAAUGAGGGAGAUAGCAGAUGUCCAUACUGUGGGGCCAAUGACGAAACGAUUUUGCAUGCUUUAAGAGAUUGUAACUGUGCUAAUCGGAUUUGGGACCAGUUUCUUCCUUCGCAGUUACCAGAGGAUUUUUUCAACCAGGAUCUUUAUCAUUGGCUGUAUUGUAACGUGGUGACCAUCCCUAGCGGUGUGCAAGAAAAAUAG